AUGGAAUUCCUACCUGUUGCCGGUUAUCCGCGGCAAUUUGUUCUUUGCAGUUUUGCCAGCGCAAGGACUGUUGAUCAGAGGAGGUUGAUCGUAGUACGAGGACGCCUACAAAAGCAAAUGAUACGCCACGGACCAUGCCUGCUACUCCACAUCGAUAGGGAACAUAUAUUCAGUUAUGAUUUCCAUAAAAGCGAUGAUGCAUCCACAAAACGACUGGUGGACAAGUCAGUCAUUCCCAGUGUGCAGAAGAUACAACUGGUCAACGUUAUCCAGACUACGACUUUGCUCAACGUGACCACGCAUGAGUGCAUUCCAGCACGAGACCAGCAAAAGAAACCAAGUGAUGACUUGAAAAAGAGAACAGACACGGAUUCGGGACGUCCCGUCAUCGGUCAAGCAACCAAUGGAGAAGGUUUACCCAGGACUUCACGCCGCUGCCCAAUGCACCCGCUAUGUCUGCGGAAGGCGGCGUGCUGGCGCACGUCAAUCUGA